GCUGGGCGGAGGCCUCGAGCGCCUCGGACGCCGCCCGCAGUCUCCCCGAAACACGAGUCGACAAGAGACGCAAAAAAGUAUUUUCUCGUGUUAUCUCCUCUUGGAUUUAUCUCCUUUCGAGCUUCCCUGUGGCAAGGGACAUGCCGCGGAAGUACAUUAAGAAGCCCCCCAAGUGCCAAGAUGCAAGGGUCAUCAAGAAAGCAGCAAAGUUGGUCAUCAAGAAGAAAUUGAGCCCCCUGGAAGCCGCCAGGAAAUACAAUUUGACUCAGGUCUCAAUCCGCAAGUGCAUGAGAGCUCUGAGAGGACGCCGGAAAAGGACACACUACUCCCAGGCCGACUUGGAAGCCGCCAUCCGUGACCUGCAGGAGAAGAAGGCCCCACUGGGAAAGGUCAGCAAGCGCUACGGCAUCCCACGCUCCACACUCUCCUGCAAGCUCCAGUCACCGUGUCCGCUGGCAAAGAAGAGUACAGGCAAGGGGCCGGUACUCGUGCGGGAGGAAGAAGAGGCCAUCAAGACGUGGAUCCUGGAGAGGACCGCCAAUGAGGAGCUGCUGUCAUGGAACACCAUAGCCACCACACUGCAGAUGCUCCUCAAUGAGCAAGGCCUUAAAAUAUUCAAGAACAACAACAAGCCAACGUCAGGAUGGCUCCAGGCCUUCAUGCGGCGGCAUCCAGAGCUCAGGAAAGUCAGACUGGGACCCUGGACCACUGGCAUUGUUGCCGGACCCACUACAGGAGACCAGGAUGAGGAAGAGGAAUGCGAAGGGUGAACUAAGGUCGCUGAAGGAGCAGCAGUGACUGGUAUUCAGACGGCUUGAUGGAUGUUUUGGUGAAGAAUAUCUCCCUUCUUUUUGUAUUGAGAAUUUUCUGUAUAUAAUGAUUUUUAUUAAUACUGUAAUAUCUCUCAUUUUUGUAUUGAGAAAUUUUGCUUAUGUUUUCGUGCUGAGACAAGUGUGCAUUGAUGCCAAAACAAAUCAAAGUGAAUCACAGCCAGUUUUGUUUUGCUUUUUGGUCACUAUAGGAUAGAAAAGGUUGACAGUUGCUUAUACCUCAUGGAGAACAAUUCUUGUGAUUUGCAUUUUGAACUUUGACCAGUGAAGUCAAGGCAUGAGCAUUAGUUUUCUAUUAUUUGAUAAUUUAAUGAAUGAUCUGAUGAUUCUCUAAAGGGAAUUUAAGUUUUCAUGUAAAAAAAGGUGUUUAUUUGCUUUUUGAUUGGCUUUUUAAAUGUUCGCUUUUUUAUGUUGAUUUACAUGGACUUCCAAUUAAAAAGUCUUGUAGAAAAUGUUGCUUUUGCUGGACAUCAGAGAUUAUGUAUCAAUAUAUAUUUUUAUUUCCAAAAGAAAGAUAUUUUGUAUUCUUUAACAAAGUAAUAUGUUUAAAAACACAUAA